UUUCAAGCGCAAUUUUUUUCGUUCGGCUCGGCUCGGAGCGGGGUGCGGCGAAUCGCAGAACUGGAAGAAAAAUGGAAAACUGCAAAUAAUAAAAUCGUAAUUGAUCAUCGUUUGCCAGCAAAAUAAUAAUUAAAACAUAUUCACAUAACUAAAACUAUAAUUUUGUAAACCAUAAUUUUUAACAAGGAACAUAAAAAAUUGCAUUUUUCUUUCGUUGCACUGUUCUGCAGACGUGGUAUACUAUAACAAUUAUUAUCAAAAUAAAAAUAUAUUAAAUCAUUUGCGACUUUGGGAGUAUAUGUAGCUUUCAGCCUGAUAGCUUCUGGGAACUGCAAUGGGUCUUUGUCAAUAUUAUUCAUUGAAAAUAAUAUAAUUCUUCACUAUGAAAGAGCAGAGUCCUAAUAUACAAAUUGACUUCAAUGAACCCACGUCAGAUCUACCUAGCAAUGUUGGUAAAUGGAGUUUGGCCAGAGAUACUUCAAUUUUGAUUAAUUCAUUUGAUUCUGGUCACUCAAUUGCCCAUCAGAAAAUUAUAAGAAAAUGGAAUCGGCUGUCGCGGCUGCAAAGAUCUAUAGUAUAUUCAUUUCUUGCUGUCACAGCAACUAUUUUAGUUUUAUUUUAUUCUGCAAAAGUUAAUGCGCUUGAUGUAGAUAAAACUAAUGAUGUAAACAAUUUAGUUCCGGAACAUUUAAAAAAUUUAUCCCUAGUCAAUGAGCCAGUAAUGAAUGUGAUACCCAGUAAAAAGUCAGUUGUAGAAAUUGACCAGACAGAGCGGCAACCUCCUGUUUUCAGAGGGCCGUCAAAUGCUCGUCAGUCGGCGGUAGUGGAGAGCUUCAAACACGCGUGGAAGGGGUACAAAGAACAUGCUUGGGGACACGACAAUGUGAAACCUGUAUCUGGGAUGCCGUUUGAUUGGUUUUCUCUGGGACUAACUAUAGUCGACUCAUUGGAUACGGCCUACAUUAUGGGAUUGUCUGAAGAAUUCGAAGAGGGGAAACAAUGGAUUAAGAAUGAAUUAAUAUUCACAAAAAAUAAAGACGUCAACUUUUUCGAAGUCACCAUUAGAGUGCUGGGCGGUUUAUUGUCAAAUUAUCACUUUACUAAAGAUGUCAUGUUUCUAAAUAAAGCUCAAGAUCUGGGAGACAGGUUGAUGGCGGCAUUCUCGUCGCCCUCUGGGAUUCCGUACUCCGACGUGAACCUCGGCAUGAAGACCGCGCAUGCGCCUGAGUGGUCCCACUAUAGCACCACUGCAGAGGUUACUACCGUGCAACUUGAGUUCAGAGAACUCUCCAGAGCCACCAAAGUCCCCGCUUAUGAAGAUGCUGCAGCAGCAGUCUCUGAGAAGAUACACCAGUUGCCUAAAAAGCAUGGCCUUGUACCCAUCUUCAUCAAUCCAAGCACUGGGCACUUUCUCCCUCACGCCACCAUCACGUUGGGCGCAAGGGGGGACAGCUACUACGAAUAUCUACUCAAGCAAUGGCUGCAAACUGGAAAGACUAUUAAUUAUUUGUUAGACGACUAUAUGACCGCCAUGGAAGGAGUGAGGGAGUUUCUAGCGAAGCGGUCAUCCCCUAACAAGCAUUUAUUUAUUGGAGAAUUGUCAGCUGGUUCUGAGACUUUCAUUCCUAAAAUGGAUCAUUUGACUUGUUUCUUGCCCGGCACCCUGGCCCUGGGCCACGCAAAUGGCCUUCCCGAUUGGCACAUGACCAUGGCUCAAGAACUUAUGCAGACCUGUUAUUUGACUUACGCAGCGCAUCCUACGUUUUUGGCUCCCGAAAUAACACAUUUCAACAUGGCCAGUCCUACAGACGACAUGUACACGAAAACAGCUGACUCCCAUAGCCUGCUGCGACCCGAGUACGUCGAAAGCCUGUGGUAUUUGUAUCAGGUCACUGGCAACACCACCUACCAGGAAUGGGGCUGGCAGAUAUACCAAGGGUUCGAGAAAUACGCCAAAGUACCAAAUGGGUAUACGUCGCUUGGGAAUGUGAAGUCGGAAAAGCCACUACAACGCGAUAUGAUGGAGUCCUUCUUCCUGUCCGAAACACUCAAAUACCUGUACCUUUUGUUCAGUGACAACAGAUAUGAAAUCGACCUGAAUCAUUAUGUCAUGAAUUCAGAAGCCCACCCACUGCCGAUACAUAAAAAUUAACAUCCAAAGACUUUAUUUUGUUGUAAAUGUUAGUCCUGAACAUCUAAAAACUAGUACAGAAAAGACUGAAUGAAGAUUGUAUAUUACGGUAGAAAGAAAUACCUAUGGUUUACUUGUUAUUAUUUUUCUCCCUGUUAUUACGAGACCAAUAAUUUUAGUCGCACUUUUUUAUAAUAUACUUACUUAAUAUUGUUUAUGUAAUAAAAUGGAGAUUGAUUACAUGCAAAAAAUGCAAAUCAUGGAAAUUUUGUGCAAAAUUUCUUUGUUUAGCAUAUUUUUAUAUAAGUAUGGGAAUUUACUUUAAUUUGAAAUUGUAAAAUGACCAUGAAUUUUGUUUAUCUUCUAUGACUAAUCAAUGUAAAUUGUGUAAUAUAUUUGUAAUAAAUUAAUUCUUAUCUUAAUAUUUGCAUUAAUUGUAUCUAUUGUAAUUAUAUACUGCAGUACAGCUUUUUAACACUUUUAAAUAAGGAUGAUGACAAGUCAAAGAUUUACCGAUUUAGAUCAAUGUACACAAUAUACGAAAAAUAUAAUUGUGCUAUUUUCGGCGUAUAGUUUAUGAGGAAUUAAUUUAUUAUAUUUCAUUAAAUUUUUGAAUAUAAAGUUGAUUUAACAAAAAUACGGGAAAUAACCUUCAGAAAAUACCCGACAUGAUAUUUAUACAUUUCGGGUAAUUUCUGAAAGAAAAGUUAUGUAUCGCACAUGCAUUCGUUGUAUUGCACAUGCAAUCACAGACAUACCUAUUGUACAGAAUAACUUGCAAACGAAUAAUUUGCAAACGAAAUAUUUAAUAUACAGGCAGCUAUCAUGUGUAUUAUCCAGUAUAACUUUUAAAUGUAUUAAUAGUAAAUUAACCAUCCCUAUUGUAUGACAUGGGAAAUGGUUAGGUGUACAUAAAACUAUUUCCUUCGUAUUUAUUCCAAUUAACAAAACCAUAUAACAUAUAUAAAAAUCCAGUAACAUUAUACAAUACUAUUUCAAUUUUUGUAUAGUACCAUUCCUAUUAUACAUUUAUUUUUAAGGUACGCGCUUAUAAUUGUUAAUGUUUUGUAAUUUGAAUAUUUUUAUAUGGUUUUGCCAUAGAUAUAAAAUGUAUUAAGUCGAUUACCAAAUGUACUUACUUUAUAAAUAAUAGAAUUGACGUGAUUUAAUAAAUGCAUUUUGAUUUUUAAAUUAAUUUAUGACAGUCAAAUACUAAAAUUGAUGUAUGAAUGUAUUAAUGUAGUCAAAGCUACCUACGUGAAGACGAGAACAUGUCAAUUUUGAUUGGUAUUGUAAUAUUUAAUUGUUUAUAAACAUAUAAACAUAAUUUUGCGAAGGCCAUACUGUGUACCUUCAUAGUUUGACCUUUGCACGACGCAACCUAAGCUAGACUGCAUCACAAGAUUACCUCUUAACUCAUUCUAUAUGGGUUUGGUACAUGUAAUUAAAUAUUUUACUCCAAAUAUGAUACCCCAAUCCGCUACUACUCCACAGUGACUUGGCUUGUUAUUAGGCGAAAUUGUAUUUUUUACUUUCUAUUUAAACAGUCUAUAUUAUUUUAUCAAUCUAUAUUAUUUAGAUGAAACAGUCAAUAUUAUAGAGACAAUAUAUAUUAAUAGAUUGUUUUUGGUAUGAAAGCCAGUUUCACUUUAAUUUCCACAGGAGCAGAGAUACGUGGUCAUAAUAUAUUGUUUACUUGUUUUAUAUUGAAAAAUAUUUUAUGCAUUUUCUUGUAUUUUAAUUAACCAAUGAAAGUAUUUUUCGUUCGUUAUUUCCUUGAUUGUAUAUUUGGCUAUGUAUGAUAUAGCGUUUUGCAUUAAAUCGAAUCAAUAAAUUGUAAAUAUUUUUUCGGGCAUUUAAAUAGCCCGUUAUAUAACAAUCUACCAUUAAAAUACUACAUUAUGACACAAAAUGAAAAAUCUUAAAUCUUUUUGUAUAUUUAAGUACUUUCAUUUUCUGUCAGAAUGUGAUGUAUAUCCUUUGGUCUAAGCAAGUGAUUGAGUGACUGUGAACUUAAUUUUUGGUACUACUAAAGGUGGGUUGCAACGUAAACUUCCAUUAAUUUAAACGUGUGCAGAAAAACGCAAAGUACGCCAUUCGUCCAAACCAAACGUCAGCGGCGUGCCAGUUAAAACCAACGUCAAAUUUUACGGGGCAACUCACCCUAAAAGUUGUGACAUUUUUACUAUAGUGUGACGUGGUAACAGGUUAAAAUUUCUUUCGAUGUCAUCUCUAGAGUGACGUAAAAAAAUUUUAUUUUAGUUUUUUUAAAACCUAAUUAUAAUUAGUUACCAUGAAACUAGUUGCAGCACUAAAAACUUAGUGUGCACAAGCGGUAGGGUAAAGUACCCUGUAGCUAUACGUAAAUCAUUUAGUGAAUUUUAAUUGUAUGAAUUAUAUACUUUGUAAAAUAUUUAGAUUAACAUUGACUAACGUUGUGCUAUUUUACAGUGGUUGUAAUAAAUGUACAAUUUGAGAUUACAAUUUCAUUACAGGACUU